CUGCAAAAUAAGGUAAUAUUACAAUUUACAACUCCAAUCAAUUAAAUUUAGCUCAGCUUUUAAUCCAAAUAAUUAACUAGUAAUAUUUUUAAAUCGUUGUGUGUAUAUAUCUCUUUACAUGUUAGUAAUGCAAAAUUUCACCUACCACUUAUUUUCCAAAACAUCUUCCACUUCCAUGCCUUAAUUAUUUUGUUGUUUUUCAAGUUUCAACUCUCAAUAAAAAUAAUAAAAACAGUUUUAUUAGUUGGAAAAGAACAGUUUCAUUAAUAAUGAACAAGAAUACUACCAAAGUCUCUCUACUUUUCUUCAUCACGAUGCUUCCCUUCCUCGAAACUCUGACUAUGUCACCAUACCCCCAAAUUGCUUUACCCUCGCAUCCAUAUUAACAACACAAACCAAUAUUUCAAACAAGAAGAUAUAUGGACAGCUCUACUGGGUUCAUGACAGUCUUUGCCGUCUCCGGAAGCGUGGUGCUCCUUGUGGCUCAGUUGCACAAACGUCUCCUCUCCUAUCACAUGGAGAAGCUUGAACUUCAACUUGAUAUGAAGAAUAAGGAGAAGAAGAAGAAAAAGAAAAAGGUGAGUUUUGCAGAGGACGUGAUGGAGCCGUCAGGGAACAACGUAGAGUAUCGCCGGAAAAAUCGGAAAUCAAAAUUGGAGGAUGGAAGAAGAAGAAUCCAACGAACGAGUCAAGUUUUGUAACAUAGUCAACUUUCAUUCAGCACAGACCUUUAAAAUAUUAUUUAGCAUUCUUCUAAAAUAAUUUUUUUUUUUUUUUUGCUAAACAUAAAAUAAGUUUUCUUAUUUCGUGUAGAAUGCAUUUAUUUUGUAAUAGCUAUAAUCCCAAAAUUUAGUAGGUAAAAUGGACUACAAAUGUCACACCAAUACACCAUGUUGUUAUUUAUGUCGAUGGACGCCAAGUAUGUUUCGAAUAUUCGGAUUUGUAUCAACUGGGAGUUCUGGAAUCACUGAUAAAUAAGAUUAGCUUAUUAAGGCAUCUCCAACCCCACUUUAUUUUCUCCCUAUAAAAAUGUUUCAAUGAUACUCUAUUUUCUACUCUAUAAUAGUGUAAACCUAUUUUUUAUAAAGUAUUUUUUUAUUUUUUGUUCAUCACUCUAUUUUUCGCUCUAAAAUAGAGUAGGAUUGGAGUAACUUUCAACUCUAUUAUAGAAUUACUCUAUUUUUUAAAAAAAAAUAAAGUAAACCAUUGG